AUGCACGGCCUUCUAUCCAUGGGUACGGCUCUGGCCGUCAUGAUCCAGGGCACAAAUGCUGCGACCAGCGCUAUCGCUUCUUGGUAUGGCGGUAACUUGAACGGAGGCAACUGCCUGUUUUCCGGCUACACUCUACCCGCCGGAGUCCUCGGAACCGCUUUGUCUUACACCAAUUACAAUGGUAAUUGCGGCACUUGCCUUAAUGUUAAGGGCCCUAAAGGAAACACUAUCAAGGUCAUGGUUGUUGACAAAUGCCCUGAGGGUUGCGGAAACGGCCAGCUUGACCUCUUUCCCGACGCCUUCGCCAAACUAGACAACCCGGAUAAGGGUCUGAUUAAUGUUCAGUGGGAGCAGGUACCUUGCGGUAUCACUACUCCCCUGGUGGUUCGUAACAAGGAAGGCACAUCCAAGUGGUGGUUCUCCAUGCAAGUUAUGAACCACAACUACCCCGUCACCAAGUUCGAAGUGAGUACCGAUGGCGGUAAGACGUGGCAAAACACCGUCCGUAAGGACUAUAACUACUGGCAGAAGAGCAGUGGUGAUGGUUUCAAUGUCGACACUGUCAGUGUUCGUGUUACCUGCUCCAACGGCAAGCAAGUAGUAGUCAACAACGUUGGCACUACGGAGAAGGCCCAAUUCAAGGCUUCCGGCAACUGUUAG